AUGCGUGCGAUCGUCCAACGAGUCAGCUCGGCCUCAGUCACAGUCGACAGUGAGGUCAUUUCAACCAUCGGCCGGGGCCUAAUGGUCCUUGUAGGCAUCGGUAGAGACGAUACUGCGACCGAUCUCGAGUCGCUAACCAAACAGAUUCUCUCGCUCAAGGUCUUCUCUGACGAAUCAUCUGGCGCGAUGUGGAAGAAAAAUGUCAAGGAUAUUGAUGGCGAGGUCCUCUGUGUCUCGCAAUUCACACUAUUGGCCAGCACCCCCAAGGGAAAGCCGGACUUCCACCGGGCCAUGGCCUCAGGCCCCUCCCGGGAUUUGUACGGCUCUUUCCUCAAACGGAUGGGUGAAUUGUAUGGGCCCGAGAAAAUCAAAGACGGACAGUUUGGCGCGAUGAUGGACGUGCGUCUUACAAACGAGGGCCCCGUAACGUUCACUCUGGACUCGAAGAAGUUUGAAUACGUGGACCAGCCAGUGGCUGCGGUUCCCAAGAAAGCAUCUGCAUCGGUCAAACAAGCUGUCAAUGGCCGGUCAGGGACGGCCGCCGUGAAUCCCGCUUCGACGACCUCUAGAACGCCUUCCGAGGAGUAGAAACGGGAAGACGAACGUAUACCUUUGGACUCCGCGUACGAGAUAGCAGUCACCUGUACCUCGUACCUGCGUUUCGACAUAACGUUGACCCUCACGUAAUUCCAUUGAACCUGCCAAGUAUCUGCUAGCUACUUUCGUAAAGUCCGAUGGUAAUUGUU